UCUCCGUUCACAUGUAUCCUCGCUUGUUUUGUUCCGACUCCUGGGUCUUCAUUUUGCCUGCAGCGUCUUGCAUUUUUGGGAAGUCGUGAGGUUGCAUAGCUUUCUGUGUUCUUUCUCUUCAUCUUUUUAUUCUUGUGUUUACAAGGUGCAAUCAUGGUCGAUGUUUCGGUGCUCAACAUGGAUGAUGACUGCAUGGCCUUGCCCCCCGGCUUCAGAUUCCACCCCACGGAUGAGGAGAUUAUAACUCACUACCUCUCGCAGAAGGUUAUCGACCGCGGCUUCAGCGCAAGAGCCAUGGGAGAGGUGGACCUCAACAAGUGCGAGCCAUGGGAUCUUCCGAGUAAUCGACCUGCCGCUUCUCCUCUUUCAUACAUCUUCUCUUCCACCGUGAUUCCUUUUGCUGCUUGGUUUUCUGAUCGUGUUGACUCGGGCGUCAAACUUUGUUUCGAUUCUAAAGGCAAAGCGAGGAUGGGAGAGAAGGAAUGGUACUUCUUCUGUCAGAGGGAUAGGAAGUACCCGACUGGCAUGAGGACCAACAGGGCCACGGAAGCUGGCUAUUGGAAGGCCACAGGAAAAGAUAAGGAGAUCUACAGGGGGAGAAGAGUCCUUGUUGGGAUGAAGAAGACGCUGGUGUUCUACAGAGGAAGAGCUCCCAGAGGACACAAGACUAAUUGGGUGAUGCAUGAGUUCAGGCUCGAAGGCAAAUUCCCAUUCCCCGGUGUCCCAAAGUCCGCAAAGGAUGAAUGGGUCGUGUGUAGGGUCUUUCAUAAGAACAUGGGAAUAACGAGAAGCCCACCACCACCUGGAUCAGAAAGGAUUGAGUCUCUUGGAAAAGAUCUCUUUGACUCUACCGCAUUGCCCCCUCUCAUGGAUCCUCCUUACCUCAGCUCCGACGCGAGACCUAGCUCAUGCUUCAUCGACAAAGAGGAAGGCUUUGAUUUCAAAGAUAUUCCUAGCUUUUCCGCCAUGAUGGGUAUGGAGGAUCAAGUGAGCUCAAAUCCGCCUCAGAGUUCGAUCUUCUACUCACAAGUCCUUGCCCAAAGCCCUUACUGCUCGUUUCCGGGCCACUUGCACCAGCAGCAAGCAAUGACGAGAGCUUUGGCUGCCGACCAUGAUGCAUCUUCUGCCAUCAGGAGGCAUUGCAAGAUGGAGCAGUGCUGGAACAAUUCGAUGGGCUGCCCCUCCCAGGACACCGGCCUGAGCACUGAUCGCAACACCGAGAUCUCCUCCUCCAUGGUGUCAAAUCACUUUGGCGACUUCGACAAUCCUUCAUGUGGACCGGUGAUAAAUUUGGACAAUAUAUGGAAGUACUGAAGAGGCUAACUCCAUGGGGUUACGAUCGCUUAAAAUCUUAUCUCCAACUCCUCUCAUGUCUUAUUAAUCAUAGAGGAGACUGCGUGGACUCUUACUGUACAUAAAUUUCCUAUCGUACGCGUAGUGUAUCUCUCUCUCUCUCUCUCUCUCUCUCUCUCUCUAUACGCUAAUGACAGAGAAACGGGAGGAGGUGUCAGAACUAGUGUGAAUGUUUAUUCUCUUGAUCUAUCUCCCGGAUUCCUGUCCUGUAUCAUAUACUUAUUGUGUCAGAUGGAACUGCUGCAAAUUGUAUACCUUUGUUGUAACGAGAUCAUUUGGGUUUUGCGUUCUAAAA